AAGAGGAGGAGGAGCAGGCAGGAAAACAGUGGAGUAAAACGGAGCAGAAACACCUCUCCGUUGGCUUCAUCAGAUCCUGGAUUCUCCUGCAGCCGCGCUGCCAUCUUUUGGAAUGCCACAACAUUUUCCUGAUUUUGGAUUUCCGGGAAGGGAUUCCUCUGAAAAUUGUCGACAAAGCACUGAAGAUGAACGCUCGAACGUGGAACGAUCUGUUCAUGCGUUUCUGGAUACAUCAAAGUCCUGAAAAUCAAAUAGUUUCAUCAGUGGAGAGGCAGGAGAAGCUGGAGAAGUAAGCUUAUAAAUUACCCAACAAGCUUUAUGUUUCUUUAUUCAUAUCUGCUGCUUCCUCAGCACAGAAGACUCAGUUCAGCCACAGAUUGAGUGCUGACUCCGUUUGUUUCAGAUUUUCCUUCAUUAUUCCUGAAUGAAGGCGCUGCAGACCCUUCAUACCUUCUGUGACUGGAGGAAAAACUGAUCAAACAACAUGGACUUAAAGUGGGUCGGAACCGAAGCUGGAAGAUGUGAUGGGUAACUCUGGAAAACUCUGCCAGUUCAGCCAAAGACCUUCAAGCAGUUUGUCUGAGGGGCAGAAAUGAGGCUCGCAGUGAAUCUAAAGGAUCUUUCUGGAAGCUUUUAACCCUGUUCUUGUAUCUAAUCAUGAAUCAACAAUAAGCCUAACGUCCAUCAUCAAAAACUGCUUCACCUGGUGGGUUCCACCCCUCUGGUAGAGUCAUGGUCUGUCCUUGACUGAAAGGAGACCCAGACCUGAAACCCAGAGCAGGGAUUUGGUUCCUCAGGGAGAUGGCGGCGGCCAUUGCUAGCUCCCUGAUCCGACAGAGGCGGCAAGCCCGCGAGUCCAACAGUGAGAAGGUCGCCACCAGCAAGAAGCGCUCGAGCCCCAGUAAAGACCCGAGGUCUCUGUGCGAGAGACACAUCUUCAGCGUCUUCAGCAAAGUUCGCUUUUGCAGCGGAAAGAAGAGGCCGGUACGCCGGAAACCAGAGCCGCAGCUGAAAGGCAUCGUGACACGUCUCCACAGCGAGCAGGGGUUCUUUCUGCAGAUGCUGCCUGAUGGGACCAUCAGCGGCUGCCAAGACGAGAACAGUGACUACACUCUGUUUAACCUGAUCCCCGUGGGCCUGAGGGUGGUGGCCAUCCAGGGGGUGAAGGCCGGCCUCUAUGUGGGCAUGAAUGCUGAGGGCUUCCUCUACACAUCUGACGUUUUCACACCAGAGUGUAAGUUCAAGGAGUCUGUGUUUGAGAACUACUACGUCAUCUACUCGUCCACCCUGUACCGGCAGCACGAGUCGGGCCGGGCCUGGUUCCUGGGUCUGAACAAGGAAGGAAUUAUCAUGAAGGGGAACCGAGUGAAGAAGACUAAACCCUGCUCGCAUUUCGUCCCCCGACCUAUUGAAGUUUGCAUGUACAAGGAGCCGUCUCUGCAUGAGCUCGAGGAGAAGCUGCUGAAGUCGUCGCGGAGCCCAACGCUGAACAGCAGCCGUGCCAGGAGCCUGGAUCGACCGGCGCGGCGGUCUGCCAACUCCUCCACAGAGAGGGAGGCGUCAUAGCCUGCAGCGCCCCCCCACACCCGCAAGAGGAGGAAGACGACGAGAACUCCCAUUUUAAAAAUCCCUGUCUUCAGCAACUACAACCACACCGACGACAACCAACCGCCAAGACAACGACGACGAAGAGAACAACGUAAAAAGAAGAUUUUAAAAAUCUGUCAAAUUUUUCUUGCUUGUGAUGAAAUAUUUUAACGAGCAAGGGCAUGGGGUAGGGGCUUGCUUGGAAAUGAGAAAACAUCAGGACGUUGAUGAGGAAAAUUUACAUUUUAUGCAAAAAGUCCUGCUGAAAUAGUGCCAGGAGGCUAGCACACCUACUCUUCAUCAACACAUUGUAAUCAUAAUUUCUGUCACAACGACAACAAAAUAUCUGUGGAGUGGAGCGAGCGCUUCGAACUCGGAUGCUUUAAGCCAUGUAGAAACCUCACCAUUUUUUAUUUCCUAAUGAAUGCUAAAACUUUCUAACCUUCCACACGCCGUGCUUCUUCUUCUCCUUGUUGUUCUGUCCAAUCAGAUGGAGAAGGUUCUGUUUCAGAUUCCACAAUUUGUUAAAUGUUUUUGUUUUAAUGGAUCGGGGACAUGUUCUGGGUUUAGUCGCAGACACUGCCGAUUUAACGGUCCAGUGAGGAGAGGAAUGCAAGAACUUCUUAGAUUUUCCAGACUGGACAACUUCCUCUGAGUGGAAUCAGUGAGGUAACCUGGUUUGUAGUCCUGAAAGGAUCCAAAUUUGCUGUUGCGAUUUGAAUAUUUGUUCACUACAAAUUACACAAAGUCCACUUUUCUGCAUGUUUCAGAAUGUUCAGCACUGCUAGAAUGAUUUCUCUGCUUCCACACUGGUACCGCCUUGAGCCCAUUUCUAUGAAAACCAUCUUAGAAAGGCUUUUAAGUCUAUAUGAAAUUUUAACCUUUGAAACUAGAUUUGCUUCCUGAAAGAGCAAAAGGAAAAACAACAGCAACAUUAAUAUGAAGAAUAAACCUUCUAACAGAUUAACGAGUCCACUUCUAGCCUUUUUGUAUUAGGACAGUUAUUCCUUGUUAUCCUUUCUCAUUCAGAUCCCUAGAAUUAGCUACAGAGAAACAUAAAUUGGAAAACUGCAAAUUCAGUGGCAGAUUUGAGUGGGACUGCAGUGUUUUCUGUUGCCAUGUAAAAAACGAACACCCCUCCCCUAUAAAAAAGGGUAAAAUUAAAAUUUCUGAAUUGAAGGUUUGCGCUGUCUGCAGAUGAGUUGGAAUUACAGACAAAUUUUAGUGUGGAAACCUCAAAUUUCACAACCCACCUCAAUAGAGAGAAGGUUUGGAUUUUUGGGUGUUCAGGUCCUGCCAAGGUUGGUGACCAGAUCAGGUCCUCAUGAGACCAUAAAAACAAGAACAAAUACACACGUUUGUGUUUCAUUGUUGUUAAUUGUAAUUAAUUUCCAACUAAGUAGUUUCUCUAAAUAUAAGCAAAACGGUUCGGACAACUGAAAACAUGCCAACACGUUUCAUUGAGCUUUGUUUAGAUUAUUUUAAGGACACCAGUAGACUAUUUGCUGUAGUUUUUAUUGUUGCAUUUGUUCAGUUGGUAAGCAGACCCCAAAAACAGAAAUAAGAUGCAUGUCAUAUGAGUUAAGCUCAGUGAAGAAACUGCUGAUGUUGAGGGGGGGAGUAGAAGGAGCCAAAGCCACAUUUAGGCCGAGUCGCCGAUCCCUGCUGCGUGCGGGGCUCACUCACAUGUGUUACUAGUGCUGAGACAUUGUAGGAAGAGAAUAUUGCAUGAUUUAUUUUCUAAAAGCACAGCGGCGCCCCCGCCGCCGCUCGGGGAAUUUAAAUGAUUUAUUAAGACACUAACAGCAGAGUUGUGUAAGUGAGAUCCGGUCUGAACAAGACUGAAAAGAGGCCCCGCCCACGCUGUGACCUCAGAUAUGAUAUGAUAUGUGAUAUACAGUCAGUAUGUUGGGUGCUACCACACUAUGCGUGGUAUCGUUGAAACACAACUUUGAACAUGACUCUUUUGUUUUUAAAGCAGCUGUGAUGUGGCGUGCUAAGAUUGGUCUAUUUUCUGUGAGGUAACGUUCGACCCGCAGGUGUUGACAGAGCGGAUCAGAACAUGUUCCCUAACUUUAUCAACCAAUUAUUUUGAAGGGGGUGGGGUGGACUGGUGGGGGAUUUUCUGAUUCAACCAAAGGCAAACUGAUGACGUUAAAUCCUGUCAGUUUAAGCUGAUAAUCCUUGACUCCCAGAGGAAAGUGUAAUAAUUUUAUCUUAUUUUUUUAUGAAAGUAGAUGUAGUAGAUGGAGAAGAUCACAUGUUGACAGCCAACGGAAAAGUAGCUCCAAAUAAUCAAAUAUUAGUGUUAUUAUUGACUGACAAAUAUAAAAUGACUCAAAUCUUUUUUUAAUUAAUAAAAUCUCUUCAUAUUUUAUUUGAAUGUUUUAAUUUUAUAAUUAAUUUUUAAGCUUUUUUAGGAUCUGAACAAACUGGUUUUGACUCAGAAAGUCAGACCAAAGAUAAUUUCAACCCAAAGUUUUUAGGAGAUCAACAGAAAAGGAAAGCAGUUCAGUUUUUCUUGUUGUUUCACAGCAGCGGACAGUCUUAAACAGUCUUUAAAAAAUUGUUAACUUCGUACUGUGUUGAAGAAACCUGGGAUUUUCAAGCCUCUUGAGUGCAUCAGAAGGAAACUGUAACAUUGCCUGAAACAACUUUUGGAAAUAGUUGAAAACAACAGUCUGGAAGAAUAUUGCAGCUGAGAACUGAACUAACCCGUAGGUGUGGCUAAACUACUGUUUAUCAAUACAAAUAUGUCUAUUAGCUUAUUGAAUACAAGUUAUUUAUUGAUGUCUGUUUUUAUAUGACUUGCAUGGUGGUGCAGUUGGUUGCACUGUUGCCUUACAGCAAGAAGGUCCUGGGUUCCUCCUACAGUGUCUGACAGCCAGGUGAAUUGGUUACUGGGAGUUGCCCUUAGAUAAGAGUGUGUGUGUGGAUGGGUGUUUGUCCUGUGAUGGACUGGCGACCCAGCCAGGGUGUUCCCCGCCUCACACCCAUUACUGCUGUAGAUAGGCACCAUGCCCCCUGGAUGGACGGAUGUUUUUAUAGGACUUGCUUUUUGCAAGUUGCAGUGACUUGCAUAAGUUAUUUUAGUGCCAUUUCAACUGAAAAUUAUGUAAUUAAAAAGGCCACAUGUUUUUCUUUAAACCCAAUGAGUUAAGGCUGAUCUAAGCAAGAAAAGUCAGAAACGUUUUAGACGUACAGUUCUUCCUCUCCUGGCCACAGACCCAGGUUUCUUUCACCACCUGCGUUCAGGUAUUGUUCAGGCGUCGGCUGAUGGGAGGCUGUGGCAGCAGGUUUAUCACUGCCCUUCUUCGGCAAACAUCACUGCCGGGAUGAAUGAAGCUACUUUACUGCAACAUCGUCUGAAUUUCAUGAACAGGGAACAUACAGAAUAAGAGUCUGAAUCAGGAACAUCCGUGACAGACAGGAGGGAUCAGAGACACAUUUACAGAGUGAUGAAAAAUAACCUCCAUCUUCUUAUGGAUCCUUACCUCUCAUGAUGUUCAGAGCAAGUCACAGCACUGCCCUCUGAAACCUUUGUUUUCUCUGACUCAGACCCUCUAACUCCUGUCACAGAACACUGACUCAGUUUCCUAAAAACAGGUCCAGGAAGUUCUCAUUCCACAGAGAACUCAAUGACCGGGAAUCACCUCUUUUAUUGCCAGUGAUUUCGCUCCUCUUUCAUUCUCGUUGUGCAGAAAUCAGAUCGUUUGAACAGCCACAAACAAACUUAUAAAGUCAAGAUCCAUGUUAGAUUUUUAGGAAACUUGGUCUCCUCCCAUCAGCCGACAGGAAAAAAAAACAAAUCAGGAAUAAUAAAAUAGUUUGUUUCCAUGUUGUUUCUGUCUGACCCCUGAACAUUAAGGUCACUGUGGGCGGGGUCAAGGAGGCUCAGACUCUGGCUACCUGAAUCAAAGCUGUUAAUUUUCUCUGUCACUAAUUAAAAACAGAUGGAGGACUGAAGGACUGAUGGAGGAAAACAAAUAACCAAUCACAGUCCACCGUUCUGCCUCUGAAAAAGUCUUCCACUUUAGGAUUUUUACCGGACCACGAGGAUUGUAGAGACUCCUGACUUUUUCCAGAGCGCCAUCCCACUCGGAGAAAAAUUACUUUUCUGUCACAUUGGCUGCUUCAGAUUGAACAGAAACACGCUGCCGCCUUCAGGUGACCACAGAACGGGCUUAGAGUUGGUUGUGUGGAAAGCCAGGAGGACCACAAAACAUUCAAACAAAGAUUUAAGCCCAAUAUGAGAAUUUAUUCAUGAUAAGUUUUUUAUUUUAAUAAUUGGAUCUUCUAAACUUAUGUGAAUAAACAGAAAAAAAUUAAUUAUCAGAAGAGGAAACAUUUAUUUUAUUCUUUAUUGUUAAUAAUAAAAAAUCAAAAUCUUUGAAAAAGUAAGGAUCUAUAAUAGAAAAACAUUCUAAAAUAAAAAUAUACAUCUUUGUUAUACAUUUUUAUAUUUUAUAUUUUAAGAUGAUAAAAAUGCAUAAAAACAAAUAUUUCUUUAUGAAUUACGACUAAUUUACACAACAAUUAUUGAAGGAAGGUCAUCCCAGAGAUUUUUCCUCAUUUCUGCAGGACUUUUAUCCAGCCUGUAUUUUCAGUGGAUUAAUAGGCCGCUAAUUGUGGUCCUGAUUAAAUAUUUCCAGGUUCAUUUUCAUGUUGUCAGAAACAUAAACAGCUUCAUUUGAACGAUUGUUAUUCUGAUGGUUAAUGUGUCACCUGAAUGCAGCACUGCAGGAGUGUCUGCAGUGAAAGUCUGUAAUCUGUGAAGUGGUUCAGUGCUAAAACCGUAGGGGGCGCUGUUGCUCUAGCCCCUCCCUGAAAAGGACGUGGAAUCGGAUGAAGUGUGGGAAUCUGUUUGAAACUUUUGCUCUUGUUUGCUGAUGUUUGCACCAUCAUAUAAACGCAUCAUGUAUUAGAAAAACUCAUUGCAAAAAUGCAGCAGGAUGAAAAAAAAACAACUGAAAAAUAAAAAAAGGAACAGCAAA